UGACAGGUGCUACAAAGAGCAGGAUGUAACGGUGCAGGAACAGUCAGGAGUCCUCGCUGGGUUCAUGUCGACGCGGAGGGUCGGCCUCGGGUGAUGGCUGGUGUGUGCACCGUCGGCAGGCUCCACUAACGGUUCAGCAACAUGUCCACCAUCCUCCAGGCGGCGGCCGGAGUCAGGUGGGACCGCACGGCCGCGGCCAAGCGAGCCGUGCUCCUCGCCGCAGCCGCGUACGGCAUCAAAACCCUGUACCCCAUCAUCUGCAGGCAGCUGGGCAAAGGAGCCGAUCCCGGGAGGAGCCGGCUCUCCAAGGCGGAGAAUGGCUCGACGUGCUCGGGGAAAGAGCAGCCGGGUACGGUGGCUCUCAGGAAGACAUCGCCCGCGGUGAACGCGGCGUUUUUCAAGCAGAUCCUCGAACUCGGUAAAAUCCUCUUCCCCAAGCUCGUCUCCAAAGAGCUGGCUCUGCUUUCUCUGCACUCGCUGGCGCUGGUGUCCAGGACGUUUCUGUCCAUCUACGUGGCGAGCCUGGACGGGAAGAUCGUGAAGACCAUCGUGGAGAAGGAGCCCCGGAGCUUCAUCCUGCAGCUGAUCAAAUGGCUCCUCAUCGCUAUCCCGGCCACGUUCGUCAACAGCGCCAUCCGGUUCCUCGAGUGCAAGCUGGCUCUGGCCUUCCGCACCCGGCUGGUGAACCAUGCCUACCAGACCUACUUCACCGACCAGACCUACUACCGAGUCAGCAACAUGGACGGCAGGCUGGCCAAUCCGGACCAGUCCCUCACCGAGGACGUGAUGAUGUUCUCCCAGUCGGUGGCUCACCUCUACUCCAACCUCACCAAGCCCAUCCUGGAUGUGGUGCUCACCUCCUACACGCUGAUCCAGACCGCCAGGUCCCGGGGGGCCAACGCCAGCGGGCCCACCCUGCUGGCCGGGCUGGUGGUGUUCGCCACGGCGAAGGUGCUGCGCGCCUGCUCGCCCAAGUUCGGGAAGCUGGUGGCCGAGGAGGCUCACAGGAAGGGCUACCUGCGCUACGUGCACUCCAGGAUCAUCGCGAAUGCUGAGGAGAUCGCUUUCUACAGGGGUCACAAGGUGGAGAUGCGUCAGCUGCAGAAGUGCUACCAGGCUCUGGCCGACCAGAUGAACCUGAUCCUCUCCAAGCGUCUCUGGUACAUCAUGAUCGAGCAGUUCCUCAUGAAGUAUGUGUGGAGCAGCUGCGGCCUCGUCAUGGUCGCCGUGCCCAUCAUCACAGCCACCGGCUUUGCUGACAAUCAAACAGCCGACGGUCAGAGGCAUGUGAGAGUGAGUGAGAGGACGGAGGCUUUCACCACGGCGCGUAACCUCCUGGCCUCAGGGGCCGAUGCCAUCGAGAGGAUCAUGUCCUCCUACAAAGAGAUCACCGAGUUGGCAGGUUACACCGCACGGGUCCACAACAUGUUUGAGGUGUUCGAGGACGUCCAGAGGGGGGUUUACAAGCGCUCUACGCUAUCGCUCACAACUGGAGCAGAGAAAAAGAGCAAGCCUGAGAUGCACAUAGAUGGACCGCUGGAGAUAAAGGGUGAAGUAAUAGAUGUGGACCAAGGCAUUGUGUGUGAAAAUGUACCAAUCAUCACACCCAACGGGGAUGUAGUGGUGUCUUGUUUGAAUUUUAAGGUGGAGGAGGCCAUGCACCUAUUGAUCACGGGGCCUAACGGCUGCGGGAAGAGCUCUCUGUUCAGGAUCCUCAGCGGCCUGUGGCCUGUUUACGGCGGCCGACUAUACAAACCAUCUCCUCAGCAUAUGUUCUACAUACCUCAGAGGCCCUACAUGUCCAUGGGUUCACUGCGGGACCAGGUGAUCUACCCAGACUCCGUGGAGGACAUGGCUGCCAGGGGCAUGAGUGACAAAGACAUAGAGGCCAUCUUGGACAUCGUCAACCUCAACCAGAUUGUCACCAGAGAGGGAGGUUGGGAUGCUGAGCUGGACUGGAAAGAUGUGCUGUCAGGAGGCGAGAAGCAGAGGAUGGGCAUGGCUCGCAUGUUUUACCACAGGCCGAAAUAUGCCCUUCUGGAUGAGUGCACCAGCGCUGUGAGCAUUGACGUGGAGGGAAAGAUUUUCCAGGCUGCCAAGGACGCCGGCAUCUCCCUGCUCUCCAUCACGCACAGACCCUCCCUGUGGAAGUACCACACCCACCUGCUGCAGUUUGACGGCGAGGGAGGCUGGCGCUUCGAGCAGCUGGACACGGCGACGCGCCUCACCCUCACCGAGGAGAAGCAGCGGCUGGAGUCGCAGCUGGCCGGCAUUCCCAAGAUGCAGCACCGGCUCAACGAGCUCUGCAAGAUCCUGGGAGACGACUCUGUCCUUAAAACAACCGAGGAGUGAGAGAGUGAGACAAAUGAAAGAGGGGAGGCAGGGGCCCAGAGGGGACAAAGACACAAGGGUGGGAGCGGAAGACGAAGUGGAGGGAGACCGGGGAGAGGAGAGUGUGUGAGAUGGAGAGGCAGUGAAUGAAAAAAGAAAUCUGGAGGGGGUUGGUUAGUGGGUUAUUCUGCUUGUUAGAUUUUUUUUUCUUUAGCUCCGAGCCCCUUCUGACAAAGCAGGGGAGCUUUUAAUGCCAACUCCUCUUUCGGCUCUCAGCUCUCCCUCUUCUUCUUUUUCAUCUUUCCACUCAGAGAAGUGGAAGGGGGAGGGGCGUGUUGAAGCAGAUUCAUGAUGGUCUUAGCCUACAUAUAUAUAUAUAUACACAUAUAUACAUCAACUGCAAGAUGAUUUAGCAGAACGGUCACAUCUAAGUUUGUUUUACAGCACUUUACUCUGCUUCUAGAGAGCUUUUGUGUUUGUUGUGGUCGCUCGCUGUGAAAUAAGUUGAUCGCUUUAUUUAGCUGGAAAACGUUUUAACAUAGAGCCACUAAAUGUUGUCCGAAGCAGUAUUCCAAUCCACGGCCAGUACGCCGAGCUGUGCAGGAUCCACGUUUGUUUUUCCUUCUAGGUAGAUUUUUAACGUGACCUCUUUGUUGUCGAGGGGUUCACAAGAGACUAUCCUUAGAAAGGUCACAAUAGGCCUUUGCUUGGUUUGUGUACAAUCCUCCUCAACACAUCGUUGUAGCCCCUGGUAACUUAACGUACAAGACCCCCUGAACUACUCGUUUGGGCCUAGUUGCAGACUUACACAAGGCCAGCAAAGAAUAAGAGCAGAGGUCUGAUUAAAGAGCUCCAAACCUAUAGCUCUGUGGUUUAUUCAACAAAGGGCAGAAGAGGUAUUCUGCUGUGAACACUCACACUAAACACCGCACGCGAGCAGGUAGCCUUUCAGACAGUGUAAGUGUCAGAUGCACAAAUAAGCAAUGGCCACCUGCUGAAGUUCACCCUCCUCCUCCUCCUCCUCCUCCUCGUGUUGACACAAAGCACGCUCACGUGUCCGCUGCGUGUCACACGCCUGCUGGGACUCCACCUCAUGCUCUGCGAGUUCUCCUGAGGACCCGGGAGCACAUGAACACACAGUGAUACUCGACCAUGAACUGAUAACCAAUCAGCAGCCUCUGCAGUGAACAGAGCUCUCAUAUACAUUUUGAUAUAAUGUAAAAAAAAAAGGACUUUAUUUCUCAACUCUCUGCAAUGUAAGCAGAUGAAUCGCUAAAUAUCAAGAAGUGUAUGGUGACAUGCACGUAAAUAUUCCAGUUUAUACUCCACAUGUUAUUAUCUUAUAUUAUAAGAGGCCUAAUUGGCUGCACUAGAUUUGCAUAUUUCAUUAUUUGGCUGAUAUACAGUGAUGAAGAGCGAGGAUCAGGCUGGUCUAGACUGAAGCGUUCUAAUGGCUUACGUGAGGUACUGCUGGUUUUCCUGCUGCUGUCAGAGUUCCGUUGUUUUUCCUUCUCGUUGUUGCCAGCAACUUACCUGAAGUUGUGAUACUGUGAAAGUAGUGAUUUAUUACAUUAACAUUAUUUGUGUUUUCUUGAUGAGAAAACACUGUUUUUUCUUUCUUGUAGUGCUUCUAAGCUGUGUCUGCUCAUGUUACGUACAAGGUGUUCUUUUAUUUUCAUGGUUCCAACACGUGCACCUGCUUCCUAGUUUUGUAAAUCAGGACCCUACAUCCACACUGCUCAUUUUGGUUUGAAAACCCAACACUGUUCUCUCCCUCAUUCAUUCAGCUGCAGAGUAGACAAUCUGCCUUCUGUUCACAUUUGCACAGCCACGUCCAGUGCACAUAAAUUGACACGGAUUAUUUAUGAUUUGGAGCCAAAAGGUCGUUUUAGUUUAAAAACCAACACAUAUUAGCACGGUAGUAGCCUCAGAUAGUUCUGGGUUCAGUGGGACAGCGGAUCAUGUGCUCCAUUGUCCCAUUCCUUCAUCGUCCUCAGAUUUCACUAUAGACACAUGGAUAGAUAUAGACCAAUGCGUGCUGUCGUUCAUCCUGAUUCUAAAUCAAAACAAGUGAUUCAAAUGAUCAGCAAAACCCACGCUUGACAUUUUUUGUUUUUGUUCACUUUUAAUUCUACGUUGAUUCCGUAGAAUUCAUUAACAUGUGAUUUGGCACAUUAGAAACAUGUUGUGGUGAAAUCUGUAUAUAUAUUCAUGACAUCAUCCAGAUGUUGCAGGACACACAGGAUUUUUUUUUAGAGAUGUUCCUCUACCAUUUUUUUCUCCUCUGCAGAUUCCAAUAUCUGGACUCUGCCGAUACUAACACGAUUCAUAUUAAGAGCGUGAAAAAUUGCCAAAUUGCUGAUAUUUAGUUGAGCUCUGGCAAACGCUACACUACUGGAAAUCAAAACGAUUCUUGUCUGUAGCACAACUUCUGUUUUGGAGCAGCAGAGGAGUAGGGAUCUGGGGACAGGGAAAAAACCUGCAGGUUUAUCUGUGUGAGAUAAUAUUGUUAGGAUGGUUGGUAUCAGUGACCCAGUAUGAGUCUUUUCCUGGAACAUUGACAACAUCUUUAUCUUAAUGUCACACUGUACUGAUUACAUCACUCAGCCCAUGUCACUGGCAAGGCGCAGGGGUGCGCACGGUGUGAUUAUAUGAAGUCCUGUCACUGGUUAGAGUGCCGCUGUUUAUUUAACGUGCACGCCGCUGCCACCAUGUGGGUGUCUCUUCAAAGAGAUUGGACAAUCGGUUACAUCACCAGUGGACUCCUGUUUCCAACACUACGGCUUAUUAUUGUAAUUCAGAGAAAUGCUUAAUGACAACUAAUUUAACUCCACCUUCAUCCUCUGAUUUGCUGGAACCUGUAGUGAACGCUGUUUGGUAUGCACGUCAAAGUUUAAUGACUCCCUAGGGCCUCUUCUCCAGCCUGAGCUCGGACUGCAUCCAAGAAUCCAGCAGUGCCACAUCCCUCCUCCAUUGAGAUUCUUUUUUUUAAAGCUUUGAAACCUCCUCUUUUGGCUUUUAGUUCAGGAGGAAAGAAUUUCAGAGCAUUUGAAUGCAGCUCUGGUCCGAUCGGGACGACGGCUGCGGGGUCACUGAAGGACAAACUGAGACUUUGGUUCCCCUGAAAUGUGACUGAAGACAAAAUGUCAAAUGAAUUCCUUUAACAUCUAAAGGAACAGUAGCUUGAAUGCUUUUAAAGAUAAUAAUUACGCUUUUAGUUGGUAUUGAAAUGAGCGCCUUGGGCAUUACGUACAGAACCAGUCAGUCAGACUCUGUUGACAGGAGGACAGACGAGCCGCUGAAUGACGCAGAGUCUGCAAAGACACACUGGAACACAAGGUCAGCUCCAGAGCAGAUAGUUCCUGAAACACAUAGCAAUGAAUUAUAGGCAGUAAUUGGGCUUGAAUCACUUUGAAAGGAUGGGAUAAGAAAAGAUGAGGUGUCCAUUUAUUGCAGUCUUCUUUCGGUUCUGAAAUCAUGUGUCAAAGUGCUUUUUCACCAAAACUUGUCACACUACAUAUAUUGUCACUAUCAGGCAAAGAGGGGACUGUGGGUUUAGAAGAGUGAACCCUACGUGUGCAUUGGAAAUGAUUAAAUCAGGGCUUAACUGUUAUCCAAAUGAUCGCACAGGAUAAACUACAAUAGAGCAAGGCCCCAAAAUCCUGCAUCAAGAUUCAAAUGUUAUUAAUCCUGACUGAUGAAUUAAAUAAUACAUCAAUGCAUGUUGGAAAAUGUAAAAAGUUACAAGGCAUUUUGUCCGAGUCAGAACCGAAAGUGGAUGCUGCAGAAGACUCCAGCCUCCACAUGCUCAAAGCCCCCCUGCUAAGGAAAGUGAUGAGAAGGAUACGUUACUGUGUAAUCCUGCUAAACAAAGAGGGUGAAAAGUGGUGAUAAUUGUCCAUGGGUGAGGUUGUCAGGGAUUAAAACGUCUAUAUCACUUAACAUGGCACCUCAUCAGUUAUUGUCCCCCCCAGGCCACAAGUACAGAAAGCUCACUACUCCGUGUGACCCUGCUGUGUACAGUAAUGACAUCCUUACUAACAACACGUUGACACUGAAACCCUGAUUCUCUGUUUGUAAGUAAGAGAUUGAAUGUGUCCAUUAUGUAUGAGAAGACAAUGAAUACAUGUGGUCUACAUACAGGUUUUAUUUUUGUUGUUUGACAAUGAAGAGUUUUAUAAAUGUGUUCCUAGUGCAUGUAGAGCUUUCAGAGCGUCGGAUUGACUGGACAUGUGAUGUGUGACCUGAGAUCACGAGACGGGAAAAUGCUUCUCAAUCUGAACUGUCAUUCCAGUGGUGCGGGAAAGUCCGAUCAAUACUUACGAAAGUUUGAUCGUUUCUGAGUUAUUGAUGCGAGUGCCUGGAACACAGAACGUGGAGCGAUUCUCCCUCAAAGCCAGGGAUUAUUACAGUUUAUAUCUCACACAUAGUUACUUUCAGAAGAGCUCUGUUUGCAAUCAAACUCCAAUAUGUAGAAAUAUUUUAUAUUAUGAAUUGCUGUAAUAUUAGUGCAGACCUCCUCUACUGAAAUCUCAUUGUGCAUGUGUAGUGAUCUGUCUUCUUUAAUCUUAGACUCGGGAGGUACAUUGACGUACGGGGCAUCAGUUCAAAGAAUCAUGUGCUGAACCACUUUACGUUGAAAAAUGAAGAUGUUUUUUCAUGUAAAUAAAAUGAUACAAUGCAGCUUUGAAAAA